UAUUACAUGAUGAUGACGCAGUUCCGGUGCGCUGCCAGCUCUCGGAGAAAUAAACAUGACGAUAUUGUAGAUUAGGCUGUUUCCAGUGCUGUAGCACUACCUUUAACAACCACCACUGAAUACAACAAGACACCGAGUAUUUAGUUUCUUCGAUCAACAUCAAGACGAGCCGUGGUCUGUGGCAGGGACAGACCCAAUUUUCACAAGCUGAGAGUUGGACCAUAACCACUGCAAUGCCUCUGCUGUUUUUGGAGAGGUUUCCUUGGCCCAGCCUGCAGACAUACACAGCACUGAGUGUUGCUCUGCUCGCUGGCAGCAUCUUCAGUGCCUACACCACUGUGACUGACCCAGGCUUUGGGGCCUUGGACACGGAUGAAACACCAGCUCCCUCUGACGUUGACAUUGCACACAUAAAUAGUGAUAUUAGUAACACAGAACUGGCAACCACGGUUCUGUGGUAUCUUGUCACUGACAGUCUGUUUGUGUGGGUGCUGGUCAACACUUUCUGCUGCUCUUUGAUGCUAAUUGCUAAGAUGAUUCAGUAUGUGGUGUUUGGUCCGCUUCGUGUCAGUGAGAAGCAGCAUUUGAAAGAUAAAUUCUGGAACUUUAUUUUCUACAAGUUCAUUUUCAUUUUCGGCGUACUGAACGUGCAGACCGUGGAUGAGGUGGUCAUGUGGUGUCUGUGGUUCUCUGCCCUUGUCUUUCUCCACCUCAUGGUGCAGCUCUGCAAAGAUCGAUUUGAAUAUCUGUCAUUCUCCCCCUCCACUCCAAUGAACAGCCACGUGCGAGUCCUUUGCCUGCUGGUCUCCUUGCUGCUGGACUGCUGCGGGCUGGCUGUGGUCUGUGGUCUGCUGGGAGCUCCCCAUGGGAUGCACACCCUCUCCUUCAUGGCAGCCGAGUGUCUGCUGGUCACUGUUCGCACCGGGCAUGUCAUCAUGAGGUACUCCAUUCAUCUGUGGGAUCUCAAUCACCCAGGAACUUGGGAGAGUAAAGGAACAUAUGUGUAUUACACUGACUUCACAAUGGAGCUGGCUAUGUUGUUUCUGGACCUCAUGCACCAUAUCCACAUGCUGCUGUUUGGUAACAUCUGGCUGUCCAUGGCAAGCUUAGUUAUCUUCAUGCAGCUGCGCUAUCUUUUCCAUGAAGUCCAGCGUCGUAUCCGCCGCCACAAAAACUACCUUCGCGUCAUCAACAACAUGGAAGCCAGAUUUGCUAUUGCUACUGCAGAGGAGCUGGCAGCUAAUGAUGACGAUUGUGCCAUCUGCUGGGAUGCCAUGUUGACAGCACGCAAACUGCCCUGUGGACAUCUUUUCCACAACUCUUGUUUGCGCUCAUGGCUGGAGCAGGACACCUCCUGUCCAACAUGCAGGACCUCUCUGAACAUCAAUGGUGAUGGAGGACAGCCAAGGGGCCAGCAGCAAGCUGGUGGUUUGGAGGACAAUAUUGGCCCUGUGGGUGCCGCUCCAGAUGCCAGACCACACAUUAACCAACACAACCACUUCUUCCACUUUGAUGGAUCACGCAUUGCCAGCUGGUUGCCGAGUUUCUCAGUCGAGGUAAUGCACACUACCAACAUCCUGGGCAUCGCUCAAGCGAACAACUCCCAGCUCCUGGCCAUGGCUCAUCAGGUCCAGGAGAUGUUCCCUCAGGUGCCCUCCUAUUUAGUAAUGCAGGACCUGCAGCUGACCCGCUCUGUGGAGGUCACCACUGACAACAUCCUGGAGGGACGUAUCCAGGUGCCUUUCCCAGCACAGGCCAUAGAGCGUGGCCCCAUACAGAUGAACCCUGCAACUGAUGAGCAGGCAGGCCCCAGUGGAGCAGAGGGGGGAGUCAGUGAAGCAGAUAACAUGGAGGUGAGGGGAGGUCGUUUCUCUAAGUCAGCUGAGGAAAGGCAGAAGAUGUUAAAGCAGAGGAAAGAAGACCUGCUGCAGCAAGCACGCAGAAGAUACCUGAAUAAAAGUUCAGAUGAACAGGAUGAGGAUUUGCCUGGACUGGAGGAAGACAGCAUCCCAGAAAUGGACUCAACUGUGCUGAGACGUAGAACCAUGGCUGCAGCUGCAGAGAGACGCAUUCAAAAUCUACAUGAUCCAGCGCCGUGAUACACAAAGGAGUCUACCCCAUCAUCGUCAUCAUCAUCGUCACGCAAAGUGGCACCAACAGAGCCCUUUCAGUGUGCCCCAUACGGUGUUCAGUCACCAAAUUCAAAACUAUAAAUAAAGUAUUGCUAACAUGACCUUUGGUCUGUGUCCUGCCUGCGAGGCGGGACUACUGAAUGGCCUUGACAUCAUUUGAGUCCAUUCUAAGUAUUUGGAGAAUUACACAAAGCAACGGGUGCAAGAUAGCAUUGCCCUCCAAUCACGUGCCACACAUUGCCACACCAGCUUUGAGCACAAGUAUCUGCCGUGACUGAGCUGAGAAUGGCUGUUUAAAAUGAGCAUGCUUAGCAUUAAGGAGAGCCAAGUCUUUAAUGAAGAUGUGGGUUCUUGUUUUUUUUCUUUUAGCAGGUUGUUCUUUCAGCUUGUUUUCAUCAUUGCAGAAAUCUCUCUGUUCUGGAUGGAAACGUUCAUCUGACAUGUUUUUAUUUUCAGUUUCCAAAUGUGAAUUAAUUGUAGUCACAACAAGGCUUUUAUUUCUUGCCUUGGGUAAGAGAAUGUCACUUUAGUAUUGUUCAGCCUUUCUGUCAAAUAUGAAUGUUUCUAUGAAAGUAAUGCUGCAAACAAAGUGUUUUUGACCCACGUGGGUUGUUCGGUUUUUAGUGUGUUCUAUUUCUCAUUGGAAACUGUUUGGAUUCUGUUAUAGAACUCGAGGGGAGGAGGCUGUGUAAAUCUUUCUAAUACUGGUUUCUAGAGAUGCAUAUGUUAUGAAGGGGAAGCCAUCCUCUCUACAAACUGCUGUUGAGUUUAGAAAAUAUGGUUUUCUGUUAAAUGUGUUCUUGGUCAUAUAUGUUCACUGUUUAUUUUAAUUAUUGGUAAAAAUAGUUAUGUUUUCUGCAGCUGGACUUGCUGCUGGGUGCUUUGAGGAUGUUUUGCCUCUCAUUCAUUAAGCGACACUAGUUCAAUUUGCAAAACACUUUUGUUUGUGAAUGAGAAACAAAAUGUUUUCAAAACUUGGCAGUAACUCCAGUUGCCUUUGACCUGGAUAUUCUCCAACCUGGAUGACUAACAACGCUUAUGAAGUAAUUUUUAUAAUGUUUUACAUGCAGCCUUUGUCUAUUCACACUGAGGAGUGGUAAUUAAAUAAAAACGAAAACAGAUACAAGCAGAAAGCAUCAUCAUGUCUGCUAUUAAACAGCCUUUGUUUUCUUUUGGUUAAAGUCAAAUUUCAGUCAACGUGUAGCUGGUGGAACAUUCACAGACACAGCUGAAACUGUUAUAAUUGUUUGUUUUCUGUGAUCACAUUGCAGAAGCAGGUUACAGUGUGAUGUGCAUGGAUCUAGAGAAGUGCUUUUAUAUUUCCUUCCACCUUAUCCCAAAGAGCUGUCCAUGAACUUCCUCCAAAAGCUGAAGUGUUUUUGAUCUGUGUGUGUUAUUUUCAUGGAGUGGGGAUGUUAAACAAACAUGAAAAAAAAAGAAAUUUAAAUUAGUCAGUGUACAGAAAUACAGUUUUGUUUUCAUUUUCAGUUUGUCAUUCAGUUAUUUAAUGCCAUCUGAUCUAUUUUCCUAUCCAUGGUUAUAUUUCUUAACCAUAACUAAUUUAAUCAAAUCUGGACUGAGCUUUCCUGUAUUUUUGUGCCUAAUUCAAGAAUUGUUCAGUUAUGGGUGAUUGCUGUAAAUCUAGUUUUUGUAAAAUAUGUUAAUACAAGAGAACUCAAUAAACAGCUUCUACAGCUUUUUAACAAGA